AUUUCCCAUUAUUCCGCCGCCGCCUACGGUAUCGACCAGGACAUUAAUACCGACCCUGAGCAGUCUCGCUCCUCUUCGCCGGAUUCCGCUGCCCCGCGCGUGAAAAAGCGCUUCAACAGCCACACCGUUUCCAAGAAGGCCCGCGGUGUCUUUGGCAAAGUUCGCGCAUUCCACCGGGUCGCGGCCGCCAAGAUGGCCCACCCGUCUAUCAAGAUCGAUACCAGCGUACAGACCACCAAGCGCGGCUUGCCGGAUGAAGCCGGCAUCGACCUACCAGACGCCGAACAAGGGAAUCCCAGGUUGGAGGAUGGAAACACAGAUGAUGUACCGCCGUUCCUGUGUCAAUCUGUCGCCGAGAUUCACGACAAGUUCGAAGAUUUGGAAUGGAUGCAGAGGACGCGGUUGACCGAGGGCAUGUUGUCCAACGAUCCUUCCCAUCCUUUUGCUCUCGAGGCAGACCCCAAGGUCAAGGCCAGGAACCGAUAUAUCAAUGUACAGGCUUGGGCAAAUUGUCGGAUCCAUCUGCGGGUGCCCGGCGGCGAAUGUGAUUUCAUCAACGCCUCGCCCAUUAUCCUCAGGGAUACGGUUACGGAGGAGGAGAGAAGAUAUAUUGCGACACAGGGCCCUAAGCUCGGACAUUUCUCACAUUUCUGGCACAUGGUCUUCCACGAAAGCAAGGAGGUCGGCGUCAUCGUCAUGCUCACCCAGACCUUUGAGGCAGGCCGAGAGAAAUGCGCCCAAUAUUUCCCAUUGGACUCGGAGGAGGACUCGAUGAUUCUUACGGCAGAGGAGUUGGAUCCAUUUGUGACUGACAAAUCCGAGGAUGGUUCUGGGAUCAUCGGCAAAGUGACUCUUUUGGAGUCUACGUUUGACCCGAAAGCGCGCUCCGAAAUUCGCAGGCUUGAGUUGACCAUUGGUUCCGAAUCGAAGGUCAUCUGGCACUUCCUCUUUGCAGGCUGGGCAGACUAUUCGAAACCCGAAGGGGAUGAUCGCGAGGCACUUCUCGAGCUGAUCAGGCUUUCGGCUUCUAAAUCCGGCCCGGACAAUCCACGUGUGGUGCACUGCAGCGCGGGUGUUGGCCGAACAGGAACAUUUAUCGCUCUCGAUCAUUUACUGGAAGAACUCGAAUCGGGCCAACUGCUGCAAGUAAGCGACGCAGAAUCGGACCCUGUCUUUGAAACAGUCAACCAAAUGCGCGAGCAACGAAUGAUGAUGGUGUACAACGAGAUGCAGAUGCAAUUUAUCUACGAAGUAUUGCGAGAACAGACUGACAUGAAGUUGGGGAAACUUCCGAAUCACGGUGACCAGUCACCCGGAAGCCAGUGUGAGCCGCGAUCUGCAAAAGUGGCCAAGUUGAACGACCAUGCGGACUAUCUGCCUACGUCGAAACCUGAAUUGGAAGCCGUCCUAGACCGUGUUCCAACUCCGACGCGCAGCUGGUCUAGAUCGUCCGAGGUCUCUGACAGCGAGUAA